AUGUCUCCCGCCAUUAAUGGAAGAACCGACUAUAGCCGAUCGCAAACAACGAGCAAAUCCACCAAGUCCAACUCCGCCACCAUGCGAGCUGACUCGCACACCAAUAGUCAACCAUUUGACGUGGAACAAGCUCGCAUCGAGUCCAAUAAAUACUUUCCGGAGUUUAACCUGCAAGACAAAGUUGUUAUUGUGACUGGAGGUGGUCGCGGCCUUGGGUUGACCAUGGCGGAGGCACUUUUCCAAGGCGGUGCAAAUAUACACUGUCUCGAUGUCCUCAAAGAACCUCAUGAAGACUUUCUACAGGUUCAGCAACGUACGGAUGUGUACUUAGGAGGUAGCCUCCAUUAUCACCACGUCGAUGUUCGUCAGACAGAAGCGCUCCAGCAACUCAUCGCAGAAAUCGCCGCGCAGUACCAGCGCCUAGACGGUGUGAUAGCUGCAGCAGGCAUUCAGCACGUGAAGCCGGCUUUGACGCUCAAUACAGACGACGUCAAGAACUUGAUGGACAUCAAUUUUACGGCUGUUCUCAUGACCGCACAGGAGGUAGCAAAGCAGAUGAUCAACUUGAAAACCCCAGGGAGUAUCGUGCUGGUGGCAAGUAUGAGUGCUAUAAUUGCGAACAAAGGCUUGAUCAGCUCGGUCUAUAAUUCCAGUAAAGCUGCAGUCAAUCAGCUGACGAAGAACUUGGCGAUGGAGUGGGGACAGCAUGGCAUCCGUGUCAAUUCUCUUUGUCCAGGGCAUAUCAUAACUCCGAUGGUGGCGCAGAACUUUAAAGAUGAGCCCUCGCUGAAAGAGCAAUGGGAAAAAGAGAGCAUGCUGGGGAGGAUAUCUAGUCCGGAAGAGUUUCGAGGUCCAGCAACCUUCCUCAUCAGUAAUGCCAGUUCCUACAUGACGGGAGCGUCCUUAGUCAUCGAUGGAGGACAUACUGCUUGGUAA